AUGAAGACUGACAAGCACUCAGCGUUACAGUCGACUCUGUCAAAUCGCAGCAACGACCGAGUCGGCGAGACCAUUGAGAUUCAGAACUUGAACGGCCUAGAUGAUGCCAUCUUGCGAGCACAGGGCCACGAAGCUGUCCUUCCACGGUCGUUCUCGUGGUGGGGGGCCAUCGGCCUGGGCUACAGUAUUACCAAUUCAUGGAUGUCGUACACCAGUUGUUUUGGUACAACUCUCGCAAACGGAGGUCCACAGGCGGUUGUCAUCGCCGUAGUGGUUGCCGGCGUUAUCCAAUGGAUCAUCACUCUGGGGUUAUCGGAGUUGGCUUCUGCCUUUCCGUCGUCCGGGGGCCAAUACCAUUUCACCUACAUCCUGGCACCCGAAAAGCACCGGAACUUUGCCGCCUUUGCGGUCGGCACAUUAAAUGUCAUUGCCUGGUGGAUCGUGACGUGCUCCGGCAUUUCCCUCGGGACCAUCUCUACCCUGGGCAUGAUUUCCUUUUGGAACCCUAGUUUCCAGGCGACGCAGUGGCAGACAUAUCUGAUUUUCGAUCUCGGCAUCAUCCUAACACGUAAGUGGAUUCUUUCUCCUAUAUGCAUGAUCCCCAUCUUCCUCAUCCCCAACAGGCACAUGGGGCGAAUGACGCAAUUCUGUUUACACCUAUCUUUGGUGGGAUUUCUGCUCGUCUUCAUCACCAUACUCGCCAUGUGCGACAGCUUUCAGUCUGGUAGCACAAUUGCAAAGCAGGGGAGCAACAGCAGUGGUUGGCCAGAUGGAAUAGCCUGGAUUCUCGGCAUCGGUAACGCCCUGUACGCAUAUGGUGGAACGGACGCGGUCAUCCAUAUUUCCGAAGAAAUCACUCACCCUGGAAAGCGUUUGCCGCAAGUAAUGAAUACGACAAUGCUCAUUGGUGUUGUCACGACAGUUCCUCUAGCAGUCGCCUACAUGUUUUGCAUCCAAGACAUUGAUGCCGUCAUCGCCUCACCCUUGCCAAGCAUGGAACUCUUCUACCAAGCUACGGGUAGCAAGGUCAUGGCAACUUUUCUACAAGCCUGGACCACCGCCGUGUACUACUCUGCUUUGCCUAGCCAAUGGAUCACAUGUGGGAGAAUGACCUGGGCUUUUGCGAGAGAUAAAGGUCUCCCUCUUUCAGCUUACUGGGUCGAAAUCAAUGAGCGAUUCCAACUCCCCCUAAGAACGACGAUUCUGUCCGCGUGUUUUUGUGCCAUCUAUGGCCUCUUGUACAUCGCAUCGACGGCCGCGUUUAACUCCAUCAUAACAACAGCGGUUCUGGCAUUAAACAUUACCUAUUGUGUGCCCCAGGGCAUUUGUGCCAUGUACGGAAGAUCCAAGCUUCCAAGGAGGCAUCUGGAUCUUGGCAAAUGGGGGUAUAUUCCAAAUUUCUUUGCACCACUCUGGGUUGUCAUCAUUGGAACCUUUUUUUGCCUCCCGGGUUCACUACCAGUGUCUGCAGACUCGAUGAACUAUACGUCAGUCGUACUUGUUGCUCUGCUAUUGUUGAUCUUGGGGCUUUGGACGUUCCAGAGACGGCAUUUCGAUGGCCCGACGAUUGACUGGAGCCUUCUUAACGAGCUGAAUGCUGUCGAUGAUGAACCUUCAACAUCUGUGGUAAACUAA